AUGAAGCUGAAUACAAAAACCGAGCGUUGUGGUCACAUUCCAUUUGGAUUCCCGGUGCAAAUGGUUUUGCUAAAUUCGCUUUGUGGCAACGGUUUUUCGACCGCAUUAGGAGAGUCUGAGAAAGGCUUCGAGGAGGGUGGUAGUGGCAAGAGGAUGCCGAAGCAGGGCGAGAUUCCGAGAAGGACAAGGUUGAGGAGAAGAGCGAGGGCUCCAAUUCUGGCAAGAAGCGCUGUCGUCCUCCCAGACCAACGCUCUGUGAAGAAAUCAUACAAGAUUCAACUGCCCAGAUUGGCGACCUCCAGGACCAACUCGCUGCAAACAAAGCGUGCUUUCCGUUUGUACUCCGUAUGUUUUGAGCAGAAGAAACGGAAAGAUACGGAUGCUCCUGGGGUUGUACAUCAAAUCCGAGUUUAUUCUAAACGGUGCAAGGCCAAAAUCGUCUCCGAAGGGGUGUAA